AUGUUGCCAAUCAAUUAUGUACUAUAUUCGGAUACAAAACGAAAGUUAUUAUUGAAGCCGAUUAAAACAUUGGCAUGUAAUCCUAUGUUAAAUAAAAUUAAACCCUUCAGUAUACUGCAUCUUCCACCCAAUCGUCUCAUAAAACAACAACAAAAUAAGAUAACGUGUAAUAGUCAUAGCUUAUUAUACCUUCAGGUACAAAACCCUUUAAGAAACUUUAGUACGUCUAUAAUAAGAAAAGCUAGCUGGCAAGAUGAUGUGGCUGAUAGAUAUACUCGUUUGAAUAGGUUUCAACAAUAUCAACAAUGUGAUUAUUAUAACAAUAAUCAUAGAUCCAGCGAUUCAUUAGGUAAACUUACAAUUAUUGGUCUUGCUGCUAUGACAGGGAUAUUUAUGACAUCAAACUUACUAUUCGAGUAUGUUCCUCCUUUCACGUAUUUUCGGAAUAAACCUAAGGAUUUAGUUUACACUAUUUUAGGGAUUAAUAUAGCUAUAUUUGGUUUAUGGCAAUCUCCAAGAUUAGUGCCUUUCCUUCAAAAGUAUAUGUUAUUACAAAAGGGUCAAUUGAUGAAUAAAUGGUCUCUUAUUACUAGUGCUUUCUCACAUCAAGAAUUCUGGCAUUUAGGUAUGAAUAUGUUAGCAUUAUGGUCCUUUGGCACAACUUUGGCUACUAUGUUAGGAUCAGCGAACUUUUUGUCACUCUAUAUGAAUAGUGCUAUUGCAGGAUCGUUAUUCUCUCUGUGGUAUCCAGUUUUGGCCAGAAUAUUUACAGUCAGUCCAAGUCUAGGAGCUAGUAGCGCAUUGUUUGGUGUUUUUGGUUGUUUUUCUUAUUUGAUACCAAAUGCAAAAAUAUUAUUAUUUAUUUUCCCUGUUCCAGGUGGUGCCUGGGUGGCAUUUUUGGCUUCGAUUGUAUGGAAUGCAACUGGAUGUGUUUUAAGGUGGGGAUCUUUUGAUUAUGCAGCACACCUUGGAGGAUCUGCCAUAGGUGUUUUGUAUGGCUGGUUGAUUCAAAAAAAGAUUGAGGAAAAAAGAAAUAGAUUAAACAAAAGAUGGAGUGAAUCAUUAUCAACAUCGUCAAGAUGGUUUUGA